UGGUAGACAGCAAUGGACCUGUAUUUUAAAUAACAUUGUACCCUCCUAUAGAAUUUCCUUUUGAGAACAUUAUAGUUGCUCCUUGUUCACGUCUUUUGUUUCGUUAAGCAAAAUAUCUAAUGAUGCCUUGCAGUGUUUUAUAAAGAAGAGCCAAUAGAAAGUAAUAAUCAUUUUUUCCAGAUUACCUCAGAGUGGAAGCACCACAAAUAUCACUUCUUCCUCCUGUCAGGGGAUUUUGCACCAUUUCAGCUGAUGGGACAGCACAUGGGUUCGAUCAAACUGUUUCAUUUCUUUUAAUCCCAUCCUUCACCCAUUCUUCAAAGUGUUGGUAAAACCAAGGUUAUUCUUAAUGGGUAAUGGCAGUUAAAAAAAGUACAGCCAACAUACCUUUAAUUGCACGUUGAGAUCUCUGUUAAUGUUAAAUACAAAUGUACUGAGUUGUCUUUCAAAAAUCUGGUGGGAAUAUGCACAGAGGUCACUGCUAGGUGAGGAAACCUAUGAAUUUAAAUAGAUAGAGUCCAUUUUUUGACUGCUUGGCCAUGCCCUGUAAAACCCCUCCAUGGCUCCUCUAAUGAAAAACCUUCCGACAACACUUUCCAUGAUGUUUGGAGGUAGGGAUAUUCAGAGUGAUUCUGGACAACUACUUACAGACAUACUCUGCUACUCUGUUUUUUCUCUCGUGCGCCUGUGUGUAACACUGACAGACCCUGUCGCGGGUGGGAUUGAAUCAGGGACCUCUGGAGCAUAGUGCAUGAGCCUCUACUGCGUGAGCUAAAGCCAACUGGCUGUUAGCUACAGCUGUAGAGCAAACUCAUUAAUCUCUCUCUCUCUAAGUGGUCUCGGUGCCACCAGAUGGGACAGAACACCACACCGAGGAGGUGUGUGGGUUACAUGUGCACUCUCAGAAUUCAGCCUGUGGUUUUGAGUGGCCUCCAUAGAUACAUAACAUGCAAUAUAAUACAAUUUCAUUUUAGUACACUAGAGCAUUGAAAUUUGUUGCCGUUGUUGUAAGAGGCUGCUACUUCUACAGUUGGUGACAAAACACUUCUUGCUUUAUGGAUUAUGGCAUGAGAUUUCCACUCCACUAGAAACCUAGUGUUCUGAGUUACUGCAUAGUAGUGCAUCCUACUCCCACCCCCGCUUUAACUCAAGAUAAUGUCAAGAGUGUCCAGUUCUUCCUUUGAGACUAGUUGCAAAUUAAGUAUUUUCUACUUCUGUAAAAGGGAGUUGGCUGCCUGCAGGCAAAGCUUUUUGGAGAGGAGUGCAAAGCCUCUUGCAAAACCCAGAACUUCCUUUGUGACUACCCAAGGACACACUUCUGAUUCAAAGCAAGCCUUUCUUUUUUUAGCCAUAUAUGGCAAUCUCUUAAAAGAAAAGCAAAUCAGGUAAAAAUCGAGGACAUCACAAAGAAAACCUCAAGAGAUGACUACAUGCAGAGCUUAAUGAUACACGCAUGACAGCAGCAGCAUGUAGGCUUAGAUUAUUUAUACCUUUUAUGGUAAGGCUCCGGUAUGGUUCUACUAUAUAAAGGUCAGAUUACACUGGGAUCAGUGGUCUGGGCCUGUAGCAGCUCUGUAUUACUCAGCAUUUUAACAAUACUCCAGCAAUGCUGUAAUAUAUAUGUGCAUUCUGAAAAGCCACAUAAAAUCACUGAAAGAGACAGAACUCAAUGACAUGAAUUACAGGUAUAAUAUAAUGACUCUGUGCAGUGUUCAUGAGACCUACCUGGGAAUGGGUGACAGGAUGGAUCACUUGAUGGUUGCCUCUUCUGUUCAUUCCCUCUGAAGCAUUGAUCACUGUCGGAAGACAGGAUCCUGAGCUAGAUGGACCUUUGGUCUGACCCAGGAUUGUUCUAGCGACAACUUGGACCAAAUUCAUCCAUAGUUUAAUUGCACUGUGUUCAAGGGAUGAAUCUGGCCCCAUCACAAGUCAGAGUUUGGCAACACAACAAUGAAAAUGAUGAAUAUUCAGAAGUAAAGGCGGCAGCAAACACAUAUUUCUUCCAUUUGGUUUUAAAUGAUAAGAAAGACGGAUUAUUUUGAAUAAUGCUAUGAAGUAAAUUCCAUAACCAAAGCCUGAUGACCUGACCGCAAGUGCUCUUUACUACAGCCUGGUAAAUCGAGGUUCCAGGCUAUCCAGGUGUACUUGGGAUGAUAGGGUGAUGAAAAUGCAACUGAACUGACACUGCCUUUGGUUACACAGACUCUCCAAUGACUGCAAUCUCUGAGAAGGCUAGUGUGCCUCCAGCUACAUAUGUCAAUAUAGCUGAUGCUGACACAAGGGAAGGUGCAUGAGAUCUAUGAUGAAGAAAAAGCAUCAUGGGAUUUUCAGAAGUUACAAGUCGUCGGGAUUGCAAUUUUAAGUCUACUAAGGAUUUUCAAAUAAUGGUUCAUUGGAUAUCUGAAGGAAAUAGGAUUCCAUCACUUUUUGAAAAGAUGGGAAAUGUGGAAAGCAGUUGCUAUGAGAAUCACCUUUCAAGGUUUCUUCCUGAGGAAAAGACAGAUAUUGAUGGAGUAUUUGAUACCUUAUCUGGGUCGGGAGGACUAAAGACUGGAAAAGCUACCGGAAAAGCUGUGAGCCUGGCAAUGUUAAAGGCCCAUGUCCAGGAAGCAUUACCGGAGCAAAUGACCUUUAGGGUAUACAGUGGAAUGAAAAGUGUUGACCUGACUGGGAAGUCAUCGGGGUCAAGUGAACAGAUUGUUAAGGAGCAGUUCAUAAUUUUUAUGUCAGCCCUUUUAAAAGGCAAUGUAGAGGAGAAGAGUAGCAUAAUAAUGAGAAUGAUAUCUAGUACCGAAGGGCCUGUGAAGGGAAAACAAAUCCAAGAGUUCACAGAGGAUGUGAUCACCUCUGUAGUUCAUGUACUGAGCUACAGGAAUCUGCUGAAGGGCUGGAAUCUGGAGAAGACUCAAGAUCCUACCAGUGGAGUAAAGGCUCUGGCUUCUCAGCUGUUAUCAGAACUGACACUUGAAGAUGGGAAGAAACUCUCGGGACCUCCUCUCAUGGAUGCCAUGUGUGAUCAAAGUACCAUUGCGAACUGGGUGUUCCAAGUUCCACAGAUCUCUACUUUUCUCAGUGUUAUCAUCAGGCAGGGGCUCCUUGUCCUGCAUUCACUCCCAGAUCAGGCUAACAACAUAGUCAAUUUGGUUCCAAAGUGCAAGGGCAUCAAAGGAAGUGGAUUUGUUAGUCUUCUUGACAUCCCAUCCAUCAUAUACAUCAACUCCCAUCUGCCCUCGGAGCGACAGCACAAGUGGAGGCUUUUGUUUUCUUCUCGGGUUCACGGAGAAAGUUUUUCACAGCUCUGUGGGCAAAUCAUAAACAAGGGUCCCUGUAUAUUGGUCUUAAAGGACUUGGAUGGAUAUAUCUUUGGUGGGUUUGCAUCAGAAUCAUGGGAAGUUAAACCACAAUUUCAAGGUGACAACAGAUGCUUUUUGUUUUCCAUUUCUCCCUCUCUCAUGGUGCACACAUACACUGGAUACAAUGACCACUUCAUGUAUUUGAAUCAUGGACAGCAAACUAUCCCAAAUGGACUCGGCAUGGGAGGACAGCAUGAUUACUUUGGGCUCUGGAUAGAUGGUAACUAUGGCAAGGGACACAGCAAAGCAAAACCUAGAUGUACCACCUACAACAGUCCUCAGCUGUCUGCUAAUGAAAACUUUAUGCUAGAUGCCAUGGAGGUGUGGGCAGUGGGAGAUCUCCCAGAAAGCGCAGUGGUAAAUAAGGGUAAGAAGAGCAUCCUGGAUACAGACCCCGAGGCUCAGGCCUUGUUAGAAAUGACUGGAAAAAGUCGUCAGAGCGAUGGUUUGCGAGAGCAGAUUAAAGAUGAUGAUGACAACUAAAAAGACCCAUUUAACAUGGAUUGUUCUGCCUGAUCCCAUCAAGUGUUGAUAUUCCUUGGACAGGAUAUUUUCUCAUCUGUUUCCACUUGUAUAAUUAGCUGAAACAAAAAUACAGUGUAAAGAGUACUCGUGUAAUAGUUAGAUCCAGGAAGAUGUUAUGACUGCAGGUGGUUUCUUUUGGAAGAGUGGGAAUUUAGAUAGCUGGCUAAGUCCUGGUUGUAGCUGGAAAUAAAUUUGACAGCAUUUGCAAUAGGUUCAUUUUCUUCUCUGCAUGCAGAUAUUAAGUACAAAUAUUAUUAUUGCUGCUUAGUCACCAGUGUAUUAACUUUUACUGUAUAUAGAAUUUCAAAGAAGUCAAGCUUUUGAUACCUCUGCUGAAAAUAAUUCCUUGCAUGCAGUGAAAUCAGCUUCAUUAUUUAAAUGUCUAUGCAGAGUACAAGUUGUUAACAUUUUAAAAUGUAUCUGUAGAACAGUCCCGUCUUUAUAAAGACUGUGCUUAAUUUUCUUUGUUGCUGUAAAAGCUGCUUCAAAUUAGGAUCUAUUUCUAAGCUCAGCUUUUCUAUAAAUAUAUGAUUGUACGCAGAAACAUAGAACUCUGUAUAUACUGCAUCCAGUUCUGCCCUGACUUAUGCUAGACUUCAUUUGAGUCAAGUUUCACUUAAUUAAUAAGCCAGCACAGAAUUUGGCCCAUUGUAAAAUAGUCUUAGAGUCAUUCAGGGAUUCAACCGCAAAGACUCCUUUCAGUGGGCCAGUCCUGUGUUUCUACUCAGCAUAACUCCCAUUGAUGUCAAUGGAAAUUGUCUUGGAAAAUGCCUUCAGAGGUAGUCUCGCUUGAGACUGGAGUGUGCGAUUAUGCCACAAAGAGUCAUACAUCUAAAAACCUAUAAAAUGCCUUAAAAAUGUUAGAGUUAAUGUCUAUAACUUUUGAAAAUAUUUUCUUAUUACAGAUUUUGUUGCAAUGAAAUCAACAAUCACUAUUUUUUUAAAAAAUAGGUGACCUCUGAUACACUACUUUUUUUGGCUCCUUCUCUGUAUUUACAACACUUGCCCUGUGGCUGUAUAGCUACAAUCAGUACAUUCAGGGCUUUUUUCUAAUAUAAUCCAUUCAUAGCUAUGAAUAUUUCACUACCUUGAGUAUGCUAACCCUUUAGCUGUGUAAUAUACUUGUCGAAAAAACCACUCUACUGAGACUAAAUUUUCACCCAGCAAGUGAUAUGGGGAAUUGAAAAUCAGUAUUUAUCUCUUUAUUGAUAUGUAUAACUGAGGUAUCUUUCUCCCAGUAAAGCAGAAGAUCACAUCAAAGCAUCUUUGUAUUAGACUGGAUUCAUUGUCAUAUAAAGGGUCUAGAUUUCCACUGUUGACACUGCAUGGUGCAUAAAAUAUACUUUAACAGUGUAUAUGGUCAUUUACUACUUUGAUCAGGUUCCGAUGAACUCUAAUGAAAGUAUUUUCUGGUGUACCCUUAGCUAUCUGGUACUUUUUUAUUGGGUGCCAAAGUAGAACAUUCAAAUUAGCUUGUAUUUGUGCCUUCACUUUAUAAUGUGAGAAGUAGGUAGUAUUCAUGAUUAUAAUAUAUAAAUUAUUGUUGAAAGGGGAACAUGGACAAAUCCCUCCUGCUGUAGACCCUGGUAAUCAUCUAUGCAUUUUAUACCCUACCCAUAAUAUCGGGUAGCGUAUAUGUGGUACCUAUUCAUCAGCAUAGGUUGGCCUAAAUUGUUAAUCUUAUAUGUUAUCUAAAUGAUCAAGUUAGGUUCCAGAGUCUUAAUGUGCCCAAAAUUCUGUGUUGAGUAAUUAUACUGAACUUUUUUACACAUUUUUCCCUCUGAUGUUUUUAUAAUACAUUUAAAUAUGUUGCUGAACUGCUGUAUGAAAAUAAAUUAAUAAAUGUAUUUGUUCUUCUAUC